CUCUCGCGGGAUUGGCUGUUGGCGGCGUUGAGGCUGAGCUCGUGUGCGGCGGCGGCGGUGUUGGCGGCGGCUGCAGCAAAGCGUUUGGCGCGAUGUCUCACACCAUUUUGCUGGUACAGCCUACAAAGAGGCCAGAAGGCAGGACUUAUGCUGACUACGAGUCUGUGAAUGAGUGCAUGGAAGGUGUUUGUAAAAUGUAUGAAGAGCAUCUGAAGAGAAUGAAUCCCAACAGCCCCUCCAUCACAUAUGAUAUCAGUCAGUUGUUUGAUUUUAUUGACGAUCUGGCAGAUCUCAGCUGUCUUGUUUACCGAGCUGAUACACAGACGUACCAGCCUUAUAACAAAGACUGGAUCAAAGAGAAGAUCUACGUGCUCCUUCGUCGACAGGCCCAACAGGCUGGGAAGUAGGAGAUUUGGAAGCAUUGGGGGCUGGGCUGGGCUUGGAACAGGUGCAUACAGUGUGCUGUAGUGAACAUUUUGUAUGAUAGUAAUCCUGUUUCCACUUUGUUACACUAGAGCCAAGAUUGAAUGUAAGACAUGAAACGUGAAUGAUCUUUUCAUUCUGAAACCGCCAUUGCCCCUCUGCGCCUUUUCUUUCUUUCUUUCUUUCUUUCUUUCUUUCUUUCUUUCUUUCUUUCUUUUUUUUUUUUUUUUACUAAACAUUUUUUUGAUAAUUCAAAUAGAAAGUGUUUUUGCCAUUUAAGGUUGAUUCUGGUCCUUGAAACUGUUCAUACCUGCUUUAUAGCAGCGAGUGCACUAACCCCCCGUGUGUGUGUGGGGGGGGUGACAAGGUUAGUUAUGUCCUCUGGGAAAGUCUUAGAGAAAAAUAAAGAAAUGUUCUGUAGUUGUA